AUGAUCUUGGAGCUAUCACCUACAACUUGGGAUGGCUUGGUUCAGAAGACUGCUGAUUUCAAAGGUUGGUGGUUGUGCUUAAAGAAGAAAAGCCCCUCAACUGAUGACAGGAUCCAACUCACCUCAUAUCUGUUAUGGGGAAUUUGGAAAGCACGUAAUCAAUGGGUGUUUGAACAAGUCCAAAGACCAGCAAAGGAGGUCGUGCAAUUUACUCUGAAUGAUUGGAUCAUGCAAAUGAAACAGUUGAUGGAGGUGCCGAAAAAUGGCCAGGUUGGCCUGGAGAGUGUGUUUUCAGGAUACUGGUGCCUGCACAGAAAGUUGGAAGUAAUGAUAUCUGCCAAAGACGAGCCCAGUGCUCUUCUUCCGCCAGCUGUAAAUGGUCUUCUCAGAGUGCACGCACGUGUCAUGGAGGGAAUUGAAAAUGAUUCUUCUCAACCUGCACCGGGUUUAGGUGGAAAAGUCUCGACAAGACUGCUUUUGCCAGCUGCUCAAGCAGGAAGUUUGAUUGGUAAACAAGGCACUACGGUCAAAUCCAUCCAAGAAGAGUCUAAUUGCAUUGUUAGGGUUCUUGGAGCAGAAGAGCUGCCGGUUUUUGCUCUACACGAUGAUAGAGUCGUAGAGAUAGUAGGGGAGCUUGGAAGCACUCGUAAAGCGAUCGAGUUAAUUGCUUGUCAUUUGAGAAAAUUUUUAGUCGAUCGUAGCAUAAUACCAGUAAUUGAAAUGCAGAUGCAAACGCCUAAUUCUCAUAUGGAAAACGUGCCUCCUCCUCCCCAGCAUUGGGGUCCGCCACCUCCUCAAUCUUUUCCACCGAAUCCACACACAGUUGGUGGAUUUGGAGCUAAUUCACACUUUAUGCCUCCUCCUAGACAGUUUGAUAAUUACUUUCCCCAUGAAAAUCAACCUCAUGAGGGGAUAUCUGCCUAUGGUAGGGAAACUCCGGUUCCAGUUCAUACCUCAUCUAAUCAAACAGCUUCAGCAGUAAUCACUCAGAUCACGCAGCAAAUGCAAGUUCCAUUAUCUUACGCGGAUGCUGUGAUCGGUACACAAGGAGCAAAUAUAAGCUACAUUCGACGAGUUAGUGGUGCUACAAUUACCAUUCAAGAGACUAAGGGAGUUCCUAGUGAGAUGACGGUUGAGAUUAUCGGAACUUCUUCUCAAGCCCAAACUGCUCAGCAGUUGAUUCAGAAUUUCAUGGCAGAAGCUGCUGCAGCUGGCACAGCUCAAGCACAGCAAGCCACAUCAGCGGAUCAAAUGUAUAAUAAUAAUUCUUAUGCAGUUCAUGGCUCGGUUUACUCGUCCCAGCCUCCAAAUCCGAGUCUUUCUGGACAAACAGGAGCUGGUGCUUAUGGCUCGGUUUAUGGUUCCAACUAUGGAUAUUGACUUGGUAUUUCCUUUUUUUUUUUUUUU